UGUCGAAUUUGUUGCGCCCGUGUGGUAAUCGAAAAUUCUAUGAUCAAAAACCAAUUACGCAUAGAAAAUGGAACAUUUAAGACAAACAACUAAGUAAUUGGCAUGGCUUACGGCUCGGCCAAGCGGCGUGGAGUGAAUUUGCGGAGUUUUCAUUGAUGAUUCCGGGCAAAUUGCGCGUUUUCAUUUGCCCGGUGUGUGAGGCGCACAAGCACAAGCCAUUUUGACAGGCUGAUGCGGAUUCGAGAAGAUUCUGCUCCUGACCACGGGUCGGGACGAUUCCAGUGCUGCUGCCCGAUUUCUGGCCGGCCAGGUGGAGGUGACCAACGAUGGGGCCACCAUUCUGCGUGCUGUCGGUGUCGAAAACCCGGCCGCCAAGAUCCUGGUCGAUAUGUCGCGUGUCCAGGAUGAGGAAGUCUGCGAUGGCACCACCUCGGUCACCGUUCUGGCCUCGGAGCUGCUCCGCGAGGCUGAGAAACUAGUCGAACAGAAGCUGCACCCACAGAUCAUCGUCUCUGGCUGGCGUCAGGCGACCCAUUUGGCUCUACAGGCGCUCACCGCCGCCGUCCAGGACAACUCGGCCAACCACGAGAAGUUCCGCGAUAUUAGGUGCAUUUGAGCAAUCCUGUUGUUUGUGUUCAUCCAAACCCGGCACUGGAACACCCACAGAAGACGGAAUUCUUAAGAGAGUACUCACCAAAGUGGGCUUCACACCGAAUACAAAGGCGGUCACCAGUCAUCUGUUGUACGAAAGUGUGGCCGAUAAGAUCAACUAAGUGGUCUUCUUCCGCGACUUCAAUCUGCCAAACACGUUCAACUCUUGGUUUUUGGUCACCGAACUGCACGUCUGGCUUCUGCUGAUGCGCUCCAUGGUGGAGAACUCCGAGGCGGACGAGGACGGACGCUUCCUGCGGAACUGCAUCGUGGAGGCCGCUUCUUCGAGAUGAACUGCAAUGACUACGCGCAGAUUGAGCGGCUGAUGAAGUGCGUCCGCCAGCAGGCCGCCAUGCUGGACAGUUUUCCGCGCGAUCAGUUCAUUAUAAAGCCCAAGGUGGCCUGGCUGGAUCUGGACAAGUGCAAGGUGUAAUCUAGGUUUAUUCUGUUUUUUUAAUAAAGUUGAGAGUAUGUAAAGUAAGAGCUAUAUGAUUAGGUCCUUGACGGACUGAUAACUCAAGGCAUGCAGCUGGCACUUGAGCAGGAAGGUUGUUCAGGCUACACCAACUGUAUUAGAGACCUCAGAUUAAUAGCUCCCUGUACAUCCUGUAUACCCUCUAUACCAUGGCCUUUUCAUAGCAUAUGGAUUCAACGGUAAUUAAAUUAACUCGUCACCUAAAACCGGUUUUAGUUAGAAGUCCAGUCAUCUUUUAUGGCAAAGAAGCUGUUAAAUUGUGACCCGAUUAUUCAAACUUGAUCUGUAAACAAACAUUAAUGAGGACCGUAAAAGUGUGAUUAAAUGAAUUCCGUAUUGGCUCGCAG